CAACUUCCUUUUGGAGCAAGUAGUUUCCCGUACUUCUCACAGUUUUCAGCAGAGGAGAGCCUGACACAGUGUGAGCACGUCAACCCCUACAUGUACCCCUGAAGGACCCUCAAAAUGAGAUUUCCAGCAAAGAUUGUGUGGCUUAUGUUAUGGGCUGCUUGUGUUGCAGAAGAUUGUACAGAACCCCCUCCAAGAAAGCAAACAGAAAUUCUGUCAGGUUCCUGGACUGCACAAACAUACCAAGAAGGCACUCAGGCGAUAUACAAAUGCCACCCUGGAUACAGAACCCUUGGAAGUAUUGUCAUGGCGUGCAUUGGUGGGAAAUGGGUGUCUCUUCAUCCGUCAAGGAUAUGUCAGAAAAAGCCCUGUGGACAUCCUGGAGACACUCGCUUUGGUUCUUUCCAUCUUGCAGAAGGAACUAAGUUUGAAUACGGUGCAAAGGUUGUUUAUACGUGUGAUGAGGGGUAUCAGAUGCUAGGUGAGCAGAAUUUCCGUGAAUGUGAAACAAACGGGUGGAGCAACAGUGUUCCUGUAUGUGAAGUUACUAAGUGUUCACCAGUGACGGAACCAGAGAAUGGAAUUCUCAGUGGUGCCCAGGAACCAAGCCAAGAAUACACUUUUGGACAAGUGGUACAGUUUGAGUGUAAUUCAGGUUACAUGCUUGAUGGACCUAAACAAAUACACUGCUCAACAGGUGGUAUGUGGAGUGAAGAAAAACCGAAAUGUGUGGAAAUUGCCUGCAGACCACCAGACAUUUCACAUGGAUAUCCUGUAUCUCCAAAGGAAAUUUAUAAGGCAAAAGAACGAAUGCAGUAUAAAUGUGCACGUGGGUAUGAAUACAGUGAAAGAGGAGACACCGUAUGCACUAAAUUUGGAUGGGUCCCAGCUCCUUCAUGUAGAGAAAAAACAUGUGAUCCUCCUCAUAUUCCAAAUGGUUUUUACACACCUGAAUUAACCAAAUACAGAGCUGAAGAUAAAAUCAGUUAUGAGUGUAAAACUGGCUUUUAUCCUGCAAUCCAUGGAAAUACUGCAACAUGCACCGGCAGUGGCUGGCAACCUGCUCCAAGAUGUACCUUGAAACCUUGUGAUUUCCCAGUAAUAAAACAUGGAAGCCUGUAUUAUCCAUACAGACACUACUUUCCAGCAAGGGUAGGACAAGAAGUUCACUAUUACUGCGAUCGCUACUAUGUGCCGCCUUCAGGAAACUACUGGGCUUCCCUUCGUUGCACACGAGAAGGGUGGUCUCCAGAAAUACCGUGCCUCAGACAAUGUACUUUCAAUUACUUGGAAAAUGGACAAGUCCCAUAUCGAGAAGAAAAAUAUUUACAGGGUAAAACUGUAAAAGUUAGCUGCUUUAAUGGCUUCAGUCUUCAAAAUAAUCAGAACACAAUGACAUGUACAGAGAAUGGCUGGUCUCCUCCUGCCAAAUGCGUCCGUGUCAAAACAUGUUCAAAAUCAGAUAUAAACAUUGAGAAUGGAUAUUUUUCUGAAUCUGAGUUUACAUAUCCCCUAAAUACACAAACACAAUAUAAGUGUAAACCAGGGUAUGUCACAGAAGAUGGUGAGACAUCAGGGUCACUCACCUGUCUGCAGAGUGGAUGGUCAGCUCAACCCGUGUGCAUCAAGUCUUGUGAUAAGCCGGUAUUUGAGAAUGCCAGAGCCAAAAGUGGCAGUGAGGGCGCGUGGUUUAAGCUCAACGAGGAGCUGCACUAUGAAUGCCUGCAGGGGUUCGAGAGCCCCGGGGGAAACACCACGGGUACCAUAGUGUGCCGUGUGGAUGGCUGGUCCGAUAAACCCAUGUGCUAUGAAAGAGAAUGCAACAUUCCCAAAAUAGAAGCAUACUUAGAUGUUUAUCCAAAGGAGAAUAAAUAUAAAGUUGGAAAUGUGUUGAAAUUCUCCUGCAGAGAAAGACUUACAAUGGUUGGAGCAGAUUCAGUUCAGUGCUACCACUUUGGAUGGUCCCCUGAUAUUCCAACCUGUAAAGGGCGAGUAAAGCCGUGUGGUCCACCUCCUCUGCUCCUCAAUGCGGAAGUUAAAGACAUGCAGAAAGAAGAAUAUAGACACAGUGAGGUGGUGGAAUAUGUUUGCAGUCCUAGAUUUCUGAUGAAGGGAUCUCAUAAAAUUCAAUGUGUUGAUGGAGAAUGGACAGCUUUGCCUGUGUGUGUUGAGGAGACGAGUACCUGUGGAGACAUACCCAACCUUGAUCAUGGCUCCGUCGGGGCUUCUGACCCUCCCUAUCACCAUGGAGACUCAGUGGAGUUCAGUUGCAAAGAAGCAUUUACAAUGAUUGGACCCAGAUCAAUCACAUGUAUUAGCGGAAAGUGGACCCAGCUUCCUAAGUGCAUUGCAACAGAUGAACUUGAGAGGUGUAAAUGGUUAAAAAUACCUGGAUCUGAGACAAAACUACACGAUAAUGCUGAAUUUGACCAUAACACCAACCAAAGUUACAAAUGUCGAGGAAAACCAGAACACAAAUACUCAGUCUGUAUAAAUGGAAGAUGGGAUCCUGAAUUAACCUGUGAAGAAGAAGCACAAGUACAAUUAUGCCCACCUCCACCUCAGUUUCCCAAUACUCGAAGUAUGACAACUACAGUGAAUUAUCAGAAUGGAGAAAAAGUAUCUGUUCUCUGUCAAGAAAAUUAUAUAAAUCAAGAUGCAGAAGAAAUUGAGUGCAAAGAUGGAAGAUGGUGGUCAAUCCCACAUUGUGUUGAGAAAAUUUCAUGUUCUCAACCACCUCAUAUAGACCAUGGAACCAUUCAAUCAUACAGCUCUAUAGAAGAAAGGGGAGAAAUAUUGGAACCCAGGGUCUAUGCACAUGGCACCAAGUUAAAUUAUACUUGUGAAGAUGGUUUCACGUUAUCUGAAGAAGAUGGGACAACCUGCUACAUGGGAAAAUGGAGUUCUCCACCUCGGUGUGUAGGACUUCCUUGUGAACCGCCACCACCUUCAAUUCCGAAUGGUGUUCUCUCUCACACAUCAGACAGUUACCAGUAUGGAGAAGAAGUUACAUACGACUGUGUCAAAGGCUUUGGGACUGACGGACCUGCAUCUAUAAGAUGUUUAGGAGGAAAAUGGUCCAAUCCACCAGAAUGCAUAGACACGAGUUGUGUUAACUUGCCCCACUUUGAAGAUGCUGUACUCACAAGCAAGAGGAAGAAAUCAUAUAAGUCAGGAGAAAAACUAACUUUUAAAUGUCAACUAUAUUACAAACUGGAUGGAUCCAAUACUGUAGAGUGUAUUAAUAGCAAAUGGAUAGGAAGACCAGCAUGCAGAGAUGUUUCCUGUGUGAAUCCACCCAGUGUGGAAAAUGCUGCUCUACAAAACCCGAAGCCUAGAUACCAGUCUGGUGAGAGAGUACGUUAUGAAUGCCUCAAACCUUAUGACCUUUUUGGGGACGUAGAAGUGACAUGUUUAAAUGGAACUUGGACAAAACCACCUCAGUGCAAAGACUCUCAAGGAAAAUGUGGGCCUCCUCCACCUAUAGACAACGGAGACAUUACCUCGUUCCCGUUGCCAGUGUACCCUCCGGGCUCGACCGUUGAGUACCAGUGCCAAUCCUACUAUGAACUGGACGGAAACAGGAAUGUAAUAUGUAGGAAUGGAGAGUGGUCAGAACCUCCCAAAUGCUUAGAGGCAUGUGUAAUUUCACAAGAAAUGAUGGAAAAACAUAACAUAGAGUUAAGAUGGAGAUAUGCUAAAAAAAUUUAUUCUAAAGCCAACGACAUUAUUGAAUUUCGAUGUAAACGUGGGUACCGUGAAAAGUCACCUGCCCGUAAUUUUCGAGUAGCCUGUCGGGAAGGACGAGUGGCGUAUCCUACUUGUGGGUGAAACAACGGUUAAAAUGCAGCCAUAAAACUGAAAUAUGCAGAUGUAGUCAGAACUGUUCAUUGUUAAUCCAAUUCUUCUGAGUUUAUUUUAUGGAGUAUCAUUGGACUCCUUUUAUUCAUAAAUCAGAAUUUGUGUUAAAUAUUAUGUGGAUGAUGCAGUUAUAAUCUGGGAGACCAAUAAAUCUCACUUCAUAAAAGCACCUCAUUAAAACCUGGCAAAUAAAAAUGCUGUGUGUCCUAUUCAUAAAACAUCGAUGGUGAGAAAUCACUUCAGUGCUGCUUCCAUCCAUCAUUCUCCCACCUUUCUCAAAUCUAUCUCCUCAACUUCUCAGGCUUUCUGAGCCUCUCUCUUUCAGGGAAAUGGGGAAAAAAUGCUUGUCUCCAUCUUCAAAACAAUAGCACUUCACAAAUAAGUAAAAAGAAAACCAUGCCAUGCCUGUGUUAGUAGUAAGAUGAACAGAGUCGUUUCCCGCCUUUGCUGACCUGUCAGUAAACAGUGCACCCAGAAAAGGUGAAAGAUGUGACCUUGUAUGAGAUGCCUAUGGAGCACAUUUAAUAAUUCAGCCACAUCAUUACGAGGAAUCAGAAUCAAAUUGGAUGAAUAAAUGUCUUAAUGUGACAUGAAAAGUGAUUUUAAAAACCCAACAUCAAGUAUAAAUACAGACACAUACACACACUAUGCUUUAAACACUGAAGACAUUUUUAUAGAGAAAAUAGUGGCAGGAUAAAUACUUAAGACUAACUAUAGUUGAAUUUGGACAUAACAGAAUAAAUGUGGUUUUAACUCCUUUUCACUUACUUGUAUUCUCAAUUUUUUCUCUUUAAUGUAUAUCACCUUUAAACCAUAAUAUAUGUCAUUUUAAGAUACAGAUAUAUACAAAGUAACACAGUAUGUGAUGAGAACUGUAGAGACCUCUUUGGUAAUGAUGUCAGAUCUAAUAAAAUGUUCAUGAUUUUGCUGGUA